AAGCGAAAAACUCGCACGCGAAUUUCUUACCUCCUUAAUUAAAACUAUCAAAAUCUUUCAAAAUAUUGUAUCAUCCUUGUCCCGCCAUGAACUGUCGGUGAAGCGCCACCGUCCGUAUCUUCGAGGGCGCAAGAAGAAGAAGACAAAUCAUCCAUGGCGGAGAGAGUCGAAGAGAAGCCAUGGCGAGUUCUCGAGUUCUACAGUGGAAUCGGUGGAAUGAGAUACUCUUUAAUGGCGUCGGGCGUCGUGGCACAAGUAGUAGAAGCGUUUGAGAUCAAUGAUGUUGCUAAUGAUGUUUACCAGCAUAACUUCGGUCACCGUCCCCAUCAGGGGAAUAUUCAGAGCCUCACUGCUGGUGAUUUAGAUAGGUAUAGUGCUGAUGCUUGGCUUCUUUCUCCUCCUUGUCAGCCUUAUACUAGACAAGGCCUUCAGAAACACUCUGGUGAUGCUCGGGCUUCUUCGUUCCUUAAGAUUCUCGAGCUUAUACCGCAUACAUCUACGCCCCCUAGAAUGUUGUUUGUAGAGAAUGUUGUUGGAUUUGAGACUUCGGAUACCCAUAUGGAAAUGAUUGAUACGUUGACAAAAUCAGAUUAUGUCACACAAGAGUUCAUUUUGAGUCCGUUGCAGUUUGGUGUUCCUUAUUCAAGACCUCGUUACUUUUGUCUGGCCAAAAGAAAGCCUCUGUCAUUUCAGUCCCCGCACAAUAACAACAAGCUACUCUGGUCUCCAGGCCCGUUAUAUGGGCGUGAUGAUCAGGUGGAGUUUGAUAAAUGUCAAGCAGAAGAGGGAUCUGAAAACUUACUUCAGUCUUGCGAACCAGUAGAGAAGUUUCUUGACUUAACAGUAGUACAAGUAAACGGCGAGCCAAGUAGUUUUGAUGAGUCUGAGAAUGGAUCCAGAGACUGUGAUGGACAGGAAAAAGACGAUCCUGUCUCAGAAUCUGUACAUCAAUAUCUAGUACCAUUAAGUUUGAUAGAGAGAUGGGGAAACGCAAUGGACAUUGUUUACCCUGAUUCGAAGAGAUGCUGUUGUUUCACAAAGAGUUAUUACCGAUACGUGAAGGGCACUGGUUCCCUCUUGGCAACUGUCCAGCCAAAAGUCAAGGGGAAGGAAUCUUGUUUGAAAGAGCAGCGGCUUAGAUACUUCACCCCGAGAGAGGUAGCUAAUUUUCACUCAUUCCCUGAAGACUUUGAGUUCCCAAAGCAGAUAAGCCUUCGCCAGAGAUAUGCAAUGCUUGGAAACAGUUUAAGUGUAGCAGUCGUGGCUCCUCUUCUUCGGUAUCUAUUCAGUUCUUCUCCCGUCUUGACUGUGGAAUAAAAAGAGCAGCAAGUGACUCUCGACCAAUGAUGGUCUGUUUUUUUGCGACAUGGCAAUGGCAUAACCAUGCAUCUGUUUUGUAUUACUUACAACAUUAUAAUUUUGUUUCUGAGUUACCUCAGCGUUCUCUGAUGUAUUUCUUCUAUAUAGACAGUGACAAUUGACAAAUGAGCCAAGUUUUGUUGACAGUUA